AUGUGUGAGGCUAUCCAUGUGUUACGGACUACAUCUUCAACUACACAGCCAAAAAAGCUAGCUGCAGCACGUAAUACAACAUCAAAAAUUGGAAAAGAAAGUAAAAAUAAGUCAUCGCCAAUGGUCAUAGAAUCCGAAUCUUCUUCUGCAUCCUCCGAAUCUGCCGAGCCCAAAGACGGAGUCGCCUCCUCCAUAUCUACUACCCAAAAAACUUCACCUCCACAGACAUCUUCAACUACACAGCCAAAAAAGCUAGCUGUAGCACGUAAUACAACAUCAAAAAUUGGAAAAGAAAGUAAAAAUAAGUCAUCGCCAAUGGUCAUAGAAUCCGAAUCUUCUUCUGCAUCCUCCGAAUCCGAAUCUUCGUCCUCAUCGUCAUCAUCAACUUCACCUUCUUCGUCGUCGCCUUCUUCUUCACGCUGCCCGUCGCACUGUGGGGCAGAAAUACCCUAUGAACGGCGAUAA